AUGAGCAAUGGAGGUUGGUUUGCGUCAUUAACAGAUCAACUCAAUCAGAUCAAAGAUGUUAUGACAACAGAGACAGAGUAUGAUGAAGAGUAUCGUCGUAUGAAUGAAGAAAAGAAUGGCAGUAAUCUAAAUGGAAACCAUUCAAGUAGUCAAAUGAUUGACAAUCAACAACAAGAUAACGAUGAUCCUGUUUUAUUAAGAGCUCAAAUUAACAAAUAUAAAGAGACUGUUGGAGAUAUGGAAAAGAGGGUACAGGAGUCUGAAGAAAGGAUUGUAUCUGUUUCAAAGGAAUUUGGUUCACUCAUGUCUGAAAAACAAAAAGAGAUGGACGAUUUGAAAUCUGUUAUUGUUAAUCUAAAGAAUUCAAUCAUUUCACCUCAAACAACAAUGACAACGACAACGACAGAAGAUGAAAAUGAUACAAAUACAAACAAUGAUGGAACAAUAGAAAAUGUAAAGAUUAAUAAUACAAACUUGGGAAUAACAUUUGAAAAUGAUGUUAAUUUAAUUUAUGAAGAUAAUCAUAAUAAUCAUGGAAAUCAAAAUGGUGGAUCAAAUAAUAAUAAUAAUAAUAAUAAUAAUGAAGAUGAAAUUAAUUAUUUAAAGGAACAAUUAAAGGUAGGUAGAAUUUGGUUUAGUAAUUUACUGAUAUUUGUUAUCUUGGAUGAAAACUAA